AUGGAUACUAAUAGCAUGGAAAAAUGUGAUUGGGUUCAGCUGGUUGAUCCUAAAACCCAACAGCUAAUGUAUAUCCACUUGAAAUCUGGUGAAUGUAGUCGAGAUCCUCCAAAGAAUGCUAAAGUAAAAACAGUAUCACCUAACCAAUGGUGGGAGUUAUUCGAUGUAAAAGCUCAAAGAAAUUAUUAUUAUAACAGUUGUACUCGAGAGACUGUCUGGCAAAAGCCUAUCGAUGGUGAUAUUAUCCCUUUGGCUAAAAUACAACUUUUACAACAAAAUCAUCGACCAUCAUUUCUACCCCACAAAGAUGAUAUUGGUGUACUUCGACACUCAAAUAAUAUUAAUAAUAGAAAUAACGGGAAUAUGAAUCCUGAUCGAAAAGAUGAACGAUUAUCGACAUCAUUAACUCAAAGAAACUGUUCUACUUCAUCAGUUUUGGAUAUACCAAGUUAUUCAAUCAAUAAUAUGCUUCUUUUACAACAGAAUACUAAUGAUAAUAAUAAUAAUAAUCAGUUAAAUUACUAUCCGAUCUCAUAUUCAACUACUUCUAAUGUUAAUCAUGAUUAUGUGGAUAAAUUCAAUGAGAAUAUGAAUGGUAUUCAAUCACCAAUAUUAUUAUCAUCCUCAUCAUCAUCUAGGAUUAUUAUGAAUGAUACUGUCAACCAAUCAACAUCAAAUCGUAUUAUCACUGAUAGUCAACGUGUUCAUGAUUGGCUACGCGAUUCAACUGCUACAAUGAAUAAUGAAAAAAAGUCUACUAUUAGCUAUCAUAAACACGGUGUAAAUGAAGCUAUUACUACUGAUAACAAUAGUGUCAAUAAUAAUAAUAAUAAUAGUGGUAUUAAAAAGCCUGGUUGUUUAUCUGAUCGACCUAUACGUAGACAUAAUAUCCAUUCAACGUCGCAACUUCAAGGUUUAGUAGAAUUUCCUAGUCCAGUUGAAGAUAAUUUUAUACACUCACCAAUUAAAUCAUCAGUAGCGCAGUCUAUCAAUCCCAAUAAUAAUAAUAAUAAUAAUGAUAAUAAUAAUAAUAAUAUAUUUCCUGCUUAUAGUAACACACCUCUAAUUUCAUCACCAUGCUUUACCUCUGAAUCUACCAGUAAUAUGUCAAAGGAACAUAUUAUCAGUAGUUUUAAUGAAUUCACAGAACAAAAUAUUAUUCACGAUAAGUCACUUCUUUUGAAUAAUCAUAAUAAUGAUAUGUGUGAAAUUGUUAAACAAUCCUCUAUGCCUCCAAUAAACUCUCAAAGUAUGCCAUAUCCUGUAACUCGUCAACGUGCAUUUCCUCGUACCAAUCCAACUGUAUCACGUCCUUUAGGUAAUGUAACAUGUACUCUACCUAGAACUUGUAUUAUUCCAUCGGAGAAUUCAUCGAUUCUCUUAACUUCUCCUUCUUCCUCUUCUUCGAAUGCUUUAAAUCAGUUUAAUGAAACAAAAUGUACAAGAAUAUCUAUGAUAGAUUCAAAGCUUCCUGUUAUUCAUAGAUCUAACUCAAAAGAUUCGUCUGCUUUGAUUAAAUCAAAUUUCACUGGUGAUUAUGCAUCAGGUAAUUCUAAUCAAAACUGCUUACCUGAUUAUAUUAUAACUUCUUGUUCAUCUGUAGUAUUGAAUGCACCUAUUAAAGUUUCAUGUACAAUCAGUGAAUUUACUCCGUCAUCUUACUCAUUGAAUGAAUCGACUACUAAAAUGAAUCUUCGGAAUUAUCUUCCUAUUGAUAGUCCUUUAUCUGCGUCUCCUCAUCCAUCUUCUUCACCAGUAUCGCCUACUUCAUUUUCAAGUGGUUCAUCAGCUACUGCUCUAACAACUGCGAAUUCUGAAGAAAGUGUAGAUAUAUCAAAUAUUAUCGCUUUAAAUCAUGAGAAUUGCAAUGAUUUAAUAUCAUCAGAUUCUAAACAGAUGCUACAACAAAGUAAACCUCAUGCUAGUGUAACUUCUUGCCUUACCAAUGCUACAUGUGAGUAUAGUCAUUAUUUCCCUGUUUUAAACGAGGAUAAUGAAGAAAAAUUAGAAGAAGAAGAAGAACAAAUGCGACCUCCUACACCGCCUCCACGUUCAGCUUCCACUUUAUGCUCUCAAGGGAUACCAAAUUUGUUUUUUGUCAGCUUUCCAAAUCAUCUAUCUUUUAAUACUCCAAUAUCACAAUUCGAUCAAUCUACAGGAUAUCUUCAAACACAUUAUCUUAUUUCCUCUCAGCCUUAUACUAAUCCAUCCCGUGGAUCUAAUACAAAUGUUUCCUUAACAUCAUCUUUAUCACGUAAUCAUCCUUCACGAGCACAUGUUAUUCAACCAAAUCAUCGUCGACCACAUCGUUCACAAUAUUUUACUCAACAAAUUCAAACUGGUUCACAGUUUCUAUCAGAUGAUAAAGAUAUGAAAUGUAAUGAAAACAGUGUUGUUAUCGUCGAUGAUACUUGUAUGAUUUCACAGGCAGAUUUAUUUAAUUCUCAACAGCCUAGAAUACUGAAUCCCUGGAUAAGGAAUACAACUGAUAUAACUACUUUGCCUAAUUCUGGGAUUUGUAUUACUACUAUUGGUGUUGAUGUUAGUCAUGCUAGUCAUAAUAGUGUUAGUAAUGUAUUGGCUACUAAUGCUAUCACUGUAUGGGAUAGUUAUAACUGUAUCAAUAAUUCAUUACAAAUUGUUGAUUCUGGUAUAAAUAAAACACCAAUGAUGAUGACAACAGCUAUAUCAACAUCCGGUAAAACAUAUUCUUCAACAAAUCGAAUAAAUAAUCUACCACGUUCUGCUUCUGGUGGUUUUAUUGGACCUGCUGAAAGUAUGGAUUCAUCAUCAAUAUGGACCUAUGGCUCAUAUAAUAAUACACAAUAUAAACGUGAACAUGUUUUAUCAUUACGUAGAUUUAUGCAACCGAUUUAUGUUCAUCCAGGUCAUCCAGCAUUUUCUUCAUUCAUAGAACCAUUCAAUUGGCCUUCAUAUUUAUUUAAACCAGAUGCAGAUAUACGUACAUUGAUGAGUUGGACAAAGUCCAACUUUUCAAAACGUUUAUUAGUCAGCUCUGAACCAGGAUUGAAGAAACAAGUUGCCCAGUUAUUCAAAGUGAUUCAAUCAUUUAUGGGUGAUAGAAAAGCACGUCUCAGUCUACCAGAUUAUGGUUCAAUUAUUAUUCAUCGUGCAUUGAGUUCAGCAAAUUUACGAGAUGAACUAUAUGCUCAAUUGUGUAAACAGACAACGAGUAAUCCAGAUAUGAAGAGUUUAACAAACGGCUGGGCUCUCUUAUGCGUAUGCCUUUAUUAUUUCCCACCAAAUAGUAAGUUUCGUGAUCACCUGUAUGCUUAUUUACAAAGUCGAUCGGAUGCCUCAGUCAUUAUAAAUAACACUACUACAAGUACUACAACAACAACUACUACUACUGUUAACAGUAAUCUGAUGAGUGGCAUAGAUGAUUACAAUAACAGUGCUGCACCAUUUGAGUCUAGUCUAAAAACAGCUGCUGCUAUUGCUUCUGGACUACACCCAUUUCAAAUCAAUAACAACCAUAAUAACAAUAAUUUUGUCGAUAAGUCACAGCAAUCAAAUGAUGCGUCAAUUAACCUAAAAUUGUUCACUUCAUAUCCUACUACAAAUAAUCAUAAUUAUCCAAUGGGAAUUGCAUUAGGACCAUGGGAUCGACCAACUGCUGCUCAUUUUGCUCGUGUUGCUCCACGAUGGUUUGUUCGAUCAUUAAAUGUUGGUGUUCGUAAAACACCGGUUAGUCCAUCAAUUGAAGAGAUAUGUCAUGUUAAGGAUUUUUUAUUAAAACCAUGUAUAUUCGGUAGUUCAUUGAAUGAAAUGAUGCAAUUACAAGCCUAUCGAUUUCCUCAUCUACGUUUACCAUGGAUACAAAUAUUUUUAACUGAAGAAAUUUUACAUUUGAAUGGAGCACAAACUGAAGGAAUUUUUCGACUUUCACCAGACAUGGAUGUUCUUAUUGAAGUACGUUGUCAAUUAGAAAAAUUAUUUGAAAUAUUUCGUGUUGUUCAACUUUGUGAUCCUGAUCAUCAGACUGAUAAUCAUACCAGUGAAUAUGAUUUAUGCAAUCGUUUUCUUGUGCAUCGUCCACCACCCCCUGGUUGGUCUACUUCUGUACGUGUUAUUGAAGCAGAGGAGAAUCAAAAUUCUACUGAAGCUGACUCAAAGAAAUUUAAACAAAAUUCUUUAUUAUCUUCUUCUAUAGAUUGGGAUUGUUUAACUGGUGAAUUUAGUUGGCCUUUAUUACCUGAUCCAUUGAGUUUACCUCCUGCUGAAUAUGUUCUGCUUACACCAACUGCUUAUUGGCCUAGAAAUUUGAGCAGUAUUAUAAAACGUUCAUGUACACUGUCUACCUCAUCUACAGCAUCAUCAUCCAUUGGCAAUACGAAUGGACAUAACUCAACAAAUAUGGAGUCACAUUUAGCUGCUGGACUAUUAAAAUUAUGGUUACGUGAAUUAAGUGAACCUCUUAUUCCAGUGGAAUUACAACCAAUCUGUUUAAAAGCUGCCUGUGAAGCAGAAGCGUAUGAAUCUCAAGAAAAAGACUCAGUCAUUGGUACUACAGUAUCAAAUGAUUUAGAUCCUAUUCAAAAGUGUUGCCGUCUUGUUAGACGUUUAAAUCCUUUACCAAGAAGAUCAUUAUUAUAUUUAAUACUACUCUUGCAACAUCUUUCCAAAUCAGAAUAUUCAAAUAA